CGUUGCCGUGGAUGGUUACAAUCCCCCUCCCCUCAUAGCCGCUGCCAAGAACGUUCCUCUCCCUUGCGUGUCAGAGAAGAGCGGCGUGACAGUGACUCAGUGGGAUUAUAAGAACGUUUCUCAAGAACACAAACGUUGGCCAUACAGUGAAGGGUUGGCGUCUUUCCAUCGAUAACUCUUGUUUUAUUUACUGAUCUUUUAUUACCUGUACGCGUUCAACAGAUCCAAAUCCAGUAAACAAAGGAAGACACGAUUGCCUCUUCCUGAAACCACACCACCAGCAUGGGCUCCUUCCUCGGGCAUAUCGUACCAGGCACCUUCUUUGCUAUGUUCGGCGCCUGGUAUGUGUAUCAAGUGUUCCUGCGUUACUUCAUGUGCCAGAGGGCGGCUACGGCGUUGGGCGAGAGAGGCAGAACGCUCUACAGGAAUACCUCAUCUUUCGUCUGUUGCUGCUGCCCGAGUAUUCCCCUUGAAGGACUCCUGAAAAUUGUGGCCUCGGUGGUUGGCAUGAUCGGCGAGUUAGCGACGGGCUUCGACGAGAACAACAACCUUCACCUCGGCAACGCUCAGCACACCACCAUGUUCUUCUUCUUUGGCCUCCACGGGGCGGCUGAGGUACUCCUGCACUACCGCAUCGCCGCUCCGCCCGACCUUGACUUCCUCUCAGGGGCUCUGGCGUUUGGCAUGGAGGCGUUGCUUUUCUUUUACCACCUACACGGGCGAAGCAACAUGGACGUACAGGUACACAUGCUGCUGUUCUUUGUGGUGGUGGCCUGCGCCGUCUCCGUCGUCCUGGAGAUGUGCUACAAAAACAGCGUGGUGCCAGCACUCUGUCGGGCAUAUUUUAUACUUCUGCAGGGCACGUGGUUCUAUCAAAUCGGGUUCAUUUUGUACCCUCCAGUUGGCCAUCAGUGGGACCAAGAGAACCACCGCCAGAUGAUGCUGGUAACACUGCUAUUCACUUGGCACAACGCGACGCUCUUCGUGGGCAUGGCUCUCGUCGGCACUCUGGUCUACUUGAGGGUGAAAGCCUUGCCCCCCUCCUGCCUGUACACACGCCUUCACCAUCACCUCAAGACGCCGUACGAGCCCCACCUGACACGCCUUGAAGCAGAGCCCGCCAAAGGGAUGCUGUUGUCCGAGGAUGAGGAGGUGUGAGGGGCUGGUAGGGGGUGGUGGGAGGUGUAAGAAGAUGUAAAGGGUGUUCGGGCGUGUUAAGGGUGUAAAACUGGCGGGAAAGAGGGAGAACAGGAGGGAGGAGAGGGAUGUUCGUGGGUGAGGGUUUUUAAGAUGUUAGUUCAGGUAGACGUGCUAGAUUAUCGUGCGAAAUGUCAUAUCGAUGUGAUUGUUCUACUACUACUACUAUUACUACUACUACUACUACUACUACCACGACAAUGACGACGACAGCGAUGAUCUCUGCUACUACUACUACUAUUACUACUACUACUACUACUACCACGACAAUGACGACGACAGCGACGAUCACUGCUACUACUACUACUAUUACUACUACUACUACUACAACUACCACGACAAUGACGACAACGACGACGACUACUGCUACUACUACUGCUACUGCUACUACUACUAUUACUACUACUACUACUACCACGACAAUGAUGACGACGACGACGACUACUGCUACUACUACUACUACUACUACUACUACUACUACUACUACUACUACUACCACGACAAUGACGACGACGACGACGACUACUGCUACUGCUUUUUCGACUAAUAUCGCCACCAAAAUUUGCGGUGCUAGUCCUUUACGAAACACGGAAUAAAAAAUUCUUGGAACAGUGAAUAAAAUAAAUCCCGACCGUUGUCAUCUAUCAAGAAAACAAAAUUCAAAACAAAACAAAACAAAGAAUCGGACACUAACAAUUGCUAACAAUGUAGUGAAAACAACACUUAUAGUUCCGUAGAGUUAAUUGAAGCAAAUUAAUAUGUAGGGGUGGGAGGAUUAAGUUAAAGAAAAAUGAGGGACGGGAAGGAAGCAGUGCAUAUCUGUGGUGAUGCAUUGAUGAUUACCAAAGGGGACAUCACCAGUAAUACAAGUGAUUCACUGUGCCUAAAUACCACGAGUUCCGUUCAAGAGUGCCUCGGGUGGCCUUCCCUGGGGCAGUGCUCUUCAGACCUAUCUUGCCGCAACCCAAUUUUUAUGUGAAGCUUUCCCAUCCUGACCCAUUGCGAGGCCUAUGAUGGUGCUACGACCUGUGUUUGUCUCACCGUCUGGAAUUAAGUUAUGUAUUUGAGAAGCGGCGAUCCAAUGCACAGAACUUUGAAGAACACUGCGCUAGGGUGAUGUUUAGGUUCCCAGGACAAGAGUGACGUGUAACGUAUAGUUGCUGUGAAGUGCAAGGCCGCUGUGGGUACGUCAUUCAGCCAUCUCGAACCUUGGGCUCAUCAUCACAUAAUAGUUCUUUCCCCUAAAAAACUUAAUUUCGAAGAUAUUAUAAGAAGAAAACGCUUUGUUGUUAAAAAAUCAUUACUUUUGUCACAUUACACUAAACUGGUCCAAAAGCCCCACCCCCUCCCUCACCCUCACCCCAGUGUAAUAUUGACCCCUAGCCCCAAACUCCUUUCACCUAACCAAUCAGCUCCUCUAUGGUCCAACACAAAUAUGAUCAGUUUGGGUGGGUCCAGGACUCCUUCCCAGCGCUACUGCAUCACCGGAUUCAUCACUCUCCCCCUCAUAUGUCAUCUACUUAUAUUUUUUUUACAGCAAAGGAGACAGCACAAGGGCAUAAAAAAAGGAAACAAUAGAAAAAGCCCGCUACUCGUUGCUCCUGUAAAGAAUCCGAAGAGUAUCAUGCAUAUAAUUUUUGUAUACAUUAAGUAAGAUUAGGCAGCGCUAUGGCCAGGGAGCUCCCCGAGAGGGCCCCGUAAAAACUGAAUUCAAGGCUGCGUCGGACUAUAGCAAUGGAAGAGGAGGUGGGGCUGCUGGGUCAGUUUAAUGUGCGAUGGCUUUAGCCCGGUAGCAGCGACGGGCCAAAUUUGUGGCUUUACCGUGUAGCAGCGACGGGCCAAAUUUGUGGCUUUACCGUGUAGCAGCGACGGGCCAAAUUUGUGGCUUUACCGUGUAGCAGCGACGGGCCAAAUUUGUGCCAUGAUUUUAACCCCCCAAAAUAGAUGAUACAUAAACUGAUCACAAAUACUUUGAUAUAUAUAUUAUGAAAUAGUUUGUGUGAGUGAUGAUUUUUUCUCAUUCUUCUCGCUUAGAGGGACCAUUAAGAAACAUGAUCCCCGCUGCUACCGGGUUAAUAAUGGUAAAGACUUUCAUAAUGGUAAAAAUGGAUGAUUACUCUUGUUAGUAUGAGUCAAAACUUUCAUCGGUAGCUACGUACAUGUUGUCAAUCACGUAAUAAUUUUGUGGUGGCCCAGGUAAGCCAAACUUCGUAGUGGCUGGCAGGAGUCUCCACAUAAGUCCUGGUGUACCAUAAGUCAAUUGUAUUCUAAGUUGUCAUAUACUAAGGAAGCAUAAUUAUCUUUCACCCUUCCAUCCUCCACCGUGGGAUCGCACCUUGUCUCACCCUGGCACCUGGUGUGAGUGUUCCCCCGCGAGCCGUUUGAAAAUGGGUGUGAGGGUGUUCUAUGUUCAGGGUGAGCGCCUUCGUACCUUCCAUAUCUUACUGUCGUACAAAAACACCACGUAUUUCCUGAUUCUUGCGAGCUGCUUCGAGUCUUUCUGCAGAAGUGCUGAAAAGGAAAAGACGAAGAAAAAGAUGAACGCGUCAAGACUUUUGUGAUACGAGUAAUAUUUCUUUUUCAGGAUCAUUCAAUUUAAAUAGGAGACCAUUUAAAUGAAUAAUCCUGUACGUCAUUGCUUUAAAUGUUUCUAUUUUAUGUAAACACUUUUUUCCGUAGUGUAAAACUAACACGAAAAGUAAAUGUGUGUGUGUGUGUGUGUGUGUGUGUGUGUGUGUGUGUGUGUGUGUGUGUGUGUGUGUGUGUGUGUGUGUGUGUGUGUGUGUGUGUGUGUGUGUGUGUGUGUGUGUGUGUGUGUGUGUGUGUGUGUGUAGUUGAGUAAAGCAUUCGUGAUAUAAAGUAUCGUAAGUGUUCCACGGUGUUAAGUGCUUGUGGUCAGUGUCUUAAUUGCUGUUCGUUUUCAUUUUUUCUUCGUGGUGUUUAUGAGCAAGAAACAAACAAACAGAUAGAGAAUUUUUUUUUGUUGGGUGUUUGUAAUUUCUGUUCCCUGUAGAGGUGUUCGUAUGUAAAGGUUGAGGCUGCAAGGCGUUAAUUAAUCUAUAUUUAUAUUCCCUUCGGGCAUCGAGGGUUUACAGCAAAAAAGAGUCUGGUAAGGUGUUGUAAUCAUUGCUCUAUAUAUUUCCGUUACUCUGUGGAUUUUGUUAAUAAAAUGAUAGUAUCAGAUUA